AUGCUAGCCUCAUCUCGAUUCUUCAGCCAUGACCCAGAGCUGGCAGCCAUUUUCGAUGAACCAGUCACCAAACGCUAUGGUGUUGUGGAGUAUGAGGAGAAGCCAUACAAGGGUUUCUACAGACAGGAACUUCUUAAAAUCUACAUGAGAAGAAACUAUCCAACAGCCACGAUGCGAUCAGAUCUUGUCGACAGUAUGAAUACAAGAAUGAAAUUUACAAAUCCUGCCUACUUCCAACAUCCACAAGUCGACAAGAAAGAAAACACCGAGAAAGCUCUUGAGUACCUACAGUAUCUCGAAACCUCAAAACGCUUUGUCUCCUACUCCAUUCGUGCCAAAGAUAGUUCUGAAUACAGACAUAUUAUUGAACGUAUGCGCGAUUCCUUGAAGUGCUGGCUCGAAGAGCUCAACGAGAUAAAUACAAAAGCGGACCAUAUCCAUUUCCUGAACGAGAUGUUGUUUGUCAGGAAUCUCCAGAGCUAUCCUCUCCCAAAAAGAUGGAUUGUACUUCUUGCUUACUACCACAAUAUGCCAGAGUACGAGCGUCUCUUGGCAGCGCUCCGUGUGAUAACCGAGUACGAUGGAGAUCGUGCUCCGAAAUUCGAAGCAGAUAUGUUCGAGUUAUAA